AUGAUGACAGCCCUUGCUGCUGCACCCGUGAAUGGUCACGACUCUGGGGCCGAAACGGGGACGGAACACAGCCCAUCCCGAUUUACCGCAGUCAAUGGCAGAGACCCCGUGAUCACUGGGAAUGGGAACGGGAAUGGGAAUGGGAAUGUACAUGGGCCAACGACCAGUUCCAUCCCCAAUGGAGAACGUGCACCCACCCAAGAAAAGAACUUGGAUCCCAGUCAACGAGAUGGCCGGGAUGAUCCUGCUAAUGAUCAAGAGAAAUGGUCACAAAGAUCCUCACCCAGCUCUUCCAACAAGAAUAAGAGAAAGAGAUCAGAGUCCCGAGAACGAGAUUCUCCAAACCCCGAAGUCGCGAAUGCCCCCAGGAGCCCGGUGAACCGUCCUGAGAGCAACCAACCUAAUCCGAAUGGUAGCAUGCAAGGAUCGGUAUCGGAGAUGGAGCGUGGCAAUCAUUCUGCAACACCAUCCCACCGGUCUGAGGGCAAUGAUGCCGGCCAGACCUCCGCCAAUAGUCCUUGGUCGGAAUAUGAUUCUCAGCUCAUCACUCAGGCACAACGGGCCCAGCAAAUGGAUGCGUCGGAUGCCCAUCUAGCAGACGCUCUUCAACGUGAAGCAGGCCAAGAAAGGUCCAUGGCAAAUCGCUCGACCCCCGGCACACAGCAACCAUCCUCGCCUAGUUAUGCGCCAGAACGACAUGGGACAAUGCAGGUAGCUCCAAAACGGAAGCGGGUAUUUAGUAAUCGAACGAAGACAGGCUGUAUGACCUGUCGCCGCAGAAAAAAGAAAUGCGAUGAGCAACAUCCGGCAUGCAACAACUGUCUUCGUGGAGGCUUCCUGUGUGAAGGAUAUUCAUCCCGAAGCACUUGGCAAAAGCCAUCUAGUACAAAAACCCCGAUCCCUUUGCAAUCCAAAGAAGGCUAUUCAGACAUUAAUGGCUCGUAUCUGCAAGAAGCACCUCGACACCAAGAACGACAACCUAACCCAGUGGAACAUGUUGACGCGACAAAAAUCAGGCCCCUGGUGGAGGAGACUGACCGCCCUGUUCAACAAUAUAACGCUAGCCCAACACAUACACCAUCCAACCAUACAUGGUCAAAACAAACUUGGCCAAGUGCCGCCCCGGGGCCUGGGCCUAAUACCGGUCAUCCUUCUUAUCCAUCCGAACCCAUCGCGAAAGUCGUUGAUUAUCGGGAAGUCCCACCCAUCCAUGAGCUAUCACGGGAAGGACGCUCCAAACCUGACUAUCCGGUCAUCUCUUCACUUCGGGACCUCAGUCAUCCAUCUCAUCCCAAAUCCAAUAUGCCCUUAUUCCAAAAUGGGCCUGAGCAACGAACAUUACCCGCGACAACUGUGGACACCCAUAGUCCCCAGGCGCAGGCCCGGAUGGCACUUACCAUCGAGCAUCAACUGUCUGGCCGGACUGUGUCGAGUGACGAGACCGAGAAGGAAAAGAUGAUCAGAGGCAAACUUUACCGACCAUUUGACGUCCACCUCGUGGAGGAAAGAGAUCGUUGCCGUGGCGCACUGUGGAAAUUUAAUAACGCCUGCAACCCCCUCACAGGCAUUAGUUCGAAAGAGCAAAACCGCCUCCUGAAGGAGGUCAUCGUACCCCCGGCAGGUUCCAUUAUCAACUCACCGGGAACUGGCGUGCCUCGCUCCGCCGGAUCCAUCGGCCAAGGAGCGGUCGUCGAGGCUCCUUUUAGUUGCCAUUAUGGUUAUAAUAUCCACAUCGGGGAAGAUGUCAUGAUCUCGGAGAAUUGCCUGUUUGUGGAUGACUGUGUUAUCCGCAUCGGUGCUCACACGUGGAUUGGCCCCAACGUCAAAAUAAUUAGUUCAACUGCUCAUCCCAACAUGCAAGAGCGCAAAGGUUCACAAAGUCGGUAUCAAGGUCGUCAGGUCAUCAUCGAAGAAGAUUGUUAUGUGGGCGCAGGGUGCAUCAUCUACCCAGGGGUUCGUCUUGCUAGAGGGGUUUAUGUGGCUCCAGGAGAGAUUGUCAACGCGAACAUUGCCGGCUACAUGUUUCAAGGCUCCAAACCAAGCUUUGCUAUGUGA